AUGGCCGAUCAGAAGUCGGACUUCAUCGAGAGGGCUAAGCUCGCGGAGCAGGCCGAGCGCUACGAGGACAUGGCCAAGGUCAUGAAGGAGGUCGUCGAGCUUGGCGAGGAGCUGGAGCUGGAAAGCCGAAACCUCUUCUCGGUCGCCUACAAGAACGUCGUCGGGACUCGACGCUCUGCCUGGCGCACGCUCGUCACCAUCAAGGAAAACCAACAAGACCUCGUCAGCAACCACCGGCUCACUGACGAAUACCGCACUCAGGUGGAACAAGAGCUGCGCGACUCCUGCAAUGAAACAAUCUCUCUCCUUGAAAACUACCUCAUCCCGAAGGCACAGUCCGCCGAUUCGAAGGUGUUCUACAUCAAGAUGCGAGGCGACUAUUUCCGCUACUUGGGAGAGAUCCUUCUUGGAGACGAUCGCAAAGCACUAGUCGAAAAGGCCGAACAAGCUUACAACGAGGCCUUCGUCAUUGCCAAGGAGAACAUGGUUCCGACGCACCCAAUUCGUCUCGGCUUGGCCCUCAACUUCUCGGUCUUCUACUAUGAGCUGGCUGGCAACCAGCAGAAGGCUUGCAAAAUGGCUAGGGAGGCGUUUGAUGAAGCUGUCAAGGGGCUGGACUCGUUGAACGAAGAUUCGUACAAGGAUUCUACCCUCAUCAUGCAGUUGCUGCGAGACAACCUGACGCUCUGGGGCACCGAGGCGCUCGAUGAAAGCCAGCCGGACGAC